AAAGAUCAGUGUUCAUGAUUCAUGAUGUUUUGAGGAUUAUGCUAAUUUCAUGAUUUUGCAAAUUUUGGUGGUGAUUCGUUUUGGAAUUUAGGAAAAGGUUACAUUUUUAGGUAUUUUCAAGAAAUCUUUAAGGUUAUUGAUGAAAACAAUGAAUAAGUUAAAUGCUGAUUCUUUCAACUGCUCCUGAAGGAAUGAGUUAAACAUGUGAAAUUACCAUAUUCUCCCUUCUCCCAUAAUUAGAGUCCACUUUUGACUUCGGAAAUUCGAAUCUCCAUUGAUGAUCUGGUUUCGUUAGCUCAUAACGUUUUCAACCAUGAUACACAUUUUGCAGCAUAAUGCAAAUUUAGAAGCUUUUUUGUCCGUAAUCAAAUCAAUCCUUAUUGAUUUUGAAGUUAAAAACCGAUCGAUUUGACUUUAAUUGUCAAACGUAAACUCUACUCAUGGAAUCUUUUAAUCGAAUAUAUUCCUAAUUGAUGUUCAUUUCUUUAUUUGCAACUUGUUUUCAGAAUCGGGUGUUCUUCGGUGGCUUUUGAGACACCCUUUCUAAAUCAACGGUAAACCGUUGGAUUGAAGAUGAGCAGAGCUCUGGUGAAAUCUUUGGGACGAUUUCAAACGGCUUUUCGACAUCAUGGAGCGAAAAGGAUGCUUCUGAAUGCAAACAGUGGGACUUCACAUGAUAUAAGAUACAACAUCGACAUGUGUAAAUGUUGCCAUUCGUCUUAUAUGUUUUCAAGGGCGUUGUCGGUUGAUGCUGCUGCUAAAGUAACUUAUGAAGAAGUGAAGAGAGUCGGGCCUCUAGUGGAGUACGAGCGCAGAAUCAAUGCCGGGGAACUUGAAGAUGGCGAUAAUUGUCAGAUAGGCACCUUGAGAGAAAUUCAAAGACUAUACGACGAGCUCUAUAGCUCCGUUAAUGCCUGUCAUCUGGAUCGUGAUUCUGAUCACGGGAAAAGCGCAAGGAGUAGAUGGCUAUGGUCCCGUUUUAUGCCUCAGUCUUCGAUCUCACCGGUGAAAGGUCUUUAUCUCUACGGAGGAGUUGGUACCGGAAAAACCAUGCUGAUGGACUUAUUUUUUGAUCAAUUGCCUUGCAAUUGGAGGAAAAAGAGGAUUCAUUUUCACGACUUUAUGUUGAACGUCCACACCCGCUUGCAGAGGCACAAAGGAGUGUCCGACCCCCUCGAAGUCGUUGCAGGCGAGAUUUCUCACGAAUCCAUAUUGCUAUGUUUAGAUGAAUUCAUGGUUAAUGAUGUAGCCGAUGCUUUGAUAUUAAACCGCUUAUUUAAACAUCUUUUUUGCAACGGUGCCAUACUCGUUGCUACAUCAAACCGUGUGCCGGAUAACCUUUAUGAAAGUGGAUUGCAACGGGAUCUUUUUCUACCAUUCAUUUCCACACUCAAGGAAAGAUGCAUAGUACAUGAAAUUGGUUCGUCCGUAGACUAUAGGAGAAGGACUUCGGCGGAAGAAGGCUUUUACUUCAUACAAAAUGGCACAUCUGGUUUUCUUAUGCAUAGGUUUAACGAGUUGAUCGGGGAACACACGGCUCAUCCUCAAGAAGCGGAAGUCCUUAUGGGAAGGACGUUACAGGUACCGUUGGGCGGUAACGGAUGCGCGUAUUUUCCGUUUGAAGAACUAUGCGACAAACCGCUUGGUGCUGCCGACUACUUUGGAUUAUGUAAGAAUUUUCACACCGUGGCUUUAGAUGGCGUCCCGAUAUUUGGGCUUCACAACCGCACGGCAGCAUAUCGGUUUGUCACUUUGGUUGACGUGAUGUAUGAGAACAAAGCACGGUUGGUGUGUACGGCCGAGGGGACACCUUUCGAUCUUUUCGAAAGGAUUGUGACGGUUGCGGAUGCACAUAAUAUCGCACCUAGAACCUCUUCAAGAUCAAGGAAGAACGACGAUUUUGACCUUUGUGUUGACAAUGAGUUGGGCUUUGCGAAAGAUCGCACCAUUAGCAGGUUGACGGAAAUGAAUAGCAAAGAGUAUCUCGAGCAGCAUAGGGAGAUGAUAGCGGACAAACGGGUUCAAACCCAAGGGGACGAGAUCGGCAAUGAGAACAUGGUAUUUGCAUGACGCUCGAUGAUAUGAUGUGAAAUGAAUAAUGGAAAAUUGUCAUCGUAACUCGACCCACUAAUUAUUUGGGCCCGAUGUGAAGUAUAACGAAGGUAGCGAUGAUUGAUCGAGUGCUUGGUUCUGUACGGUUGCGUUAGAUUAUAAUAUUUUCGUCUAAUCUAAUCGUGGGUCUCCGCUUGUAAUAAAAGAUCGGGAUCUAAUGGCUUAUUUG